CGGGGCGCGGGUGCGGGCGCAGCGGACAGGACGCACCAUGCCCUCCUUCGACGAGGCGCUGCAGAGGGCGGGAGAGUUCGGGCCCUUCCAGCGGCGCGUGUUCCUGCUGCUGUGCCUGACGGGCAUCACCUUCGCCUUCCUCUUCGUCGGCGUGGUCUUCCUGGGCAGCCAGCCUGACCACUACUGGUGCCGCGGGCCGAGCGCCGAGGCGCUGGCCGAGCGCUGCGGCUGGAGCCCGGAGGAGGAGUGGAACCGCACGGCGCCCGAGCCCGGCGGCGACGGCCGCUGCCAGCGCUACCUCCUGGAGGCGGCCAACGCCAGCACCGGCGCCAGCGAGGGCGCGCUCAGCUGCACCGACCCGCUCGCCGCCUUCCCCAACCGCUCCGCGCCCCUCGUGCCUUGCCGCCGCGGCUGGCGCUACGCCCAGGCUCGCUCCACCAUCAUCAGCGAGUUUGACCUGGUGUGUGACAAUGCAUGGAUGUUGGAUCUCACCCAAGCCAUCCUCAACCUUGGCUUUCUAGCUGGAGCGUUCACCUUAGGCUACGCAGCAGACAGGUACGGUAGAAGAGUCACUUACUUAGUAUCCUGUUUCGGCGUUGGCAUCACUGGUGUGGUGGUGGCGUUUGCCCCGAACUUUUCUGUGUUUGUGGUCUUCCGCUUCCUGCAAGGCGUGUUUGGAAAGGGGACAUGGAUGACUUGCUACGUGAUCGUCACAGAAAUAGUAGGCUCCAAGCAGAGGAGGAUUGUGGGAGUGGUGAUCCAAAUGUUCUUCACCCUCGGCAUCAUUCUGCUCCCUGGAAUCGCCUACUUUCUCCCCAGCUGGCAAGGGCUCCAGCUGGCCAUCACGCUGCCCAACUUUCUCUUCCUCCUUUAUUACUGGGUGGUUCCUGAGUCUCCCCGCUGGCUGAUUACCCGGAAGGAAGGGGACAAAGCGUUGAAGAUUCUGAGGAAGAUUGCUAAAUGCAAUGGGAAGUACCUCUCGCCGAGUUACUCUGAGAUCACUGUUACGGACGAGGAGGUCAGUAACCCAUCCUUUUUAGAUCUGGUGAGAACUCCCCAAAUGAGGAAGUGCACACUUAUCCUUAUGUUUGCGUGGUUCACCAGCGCCGUGGUGUACCAAGGGCUUGUCAUGCGCCUGGGCAUCAUAGGAGGCAACCUCUACAUCGACUUCUUCAUCUCGGGAGUCGUGGAGCUGCCGGGAGCCCUCUUGAUCUUACUGACCAUCGAGCGCGUGGGACGCCGCCUCCCCUUCGCCGCCAGCAAUGUGGUGGCAGGAGUGGCGUGCCUGGUCACUGCAUUCUUACCAGAAGGGAUACCAUGGUUGAGGACCACAGUCGCUACCCUGGGAAGACUAGGCAUAACCAUGGCCUUUGAAAUUGUCUAUUUGGUAAAUUCAGAACUGUACCCAACAACCUUACGAAACUUUGGGGUUUCGCUGUGCUCCGGUUUGUGUGAUUUUGGGGGCAUCAUUGCCCCUUUCCUGCUCUUCCGGCUAGCAGCCGUGUGGCUGGAACUCCCUCUGAUCAUCUUUGGCAUCCUGGCGUCUGUCUGCGGUGGCCUGGUGAUGCUUCUGCCGGAAACCAAGGGCAUUGCCUUGCCAGAGACGGUGGAUGAUGUAGAAAAACUUGUCAGUCCGCAUUCCUUUCACUGUGGCCAGAAAAAGAAGACGCCCGUGUCCCGCUCUCACCUUUGA